UUUGCAGUUAAUGCGAAGGGGAUGUCGGCAUCAUCUCGCGGCGGUGGUGCUGCUUAUCGCCACUUUUCCGCCGCUUGCCUACAAUCAAAAUAUUGGAGGAAUCAAUCAGAAUAUUGGUGGAACACCUCAAAAUCCCACAAUUAACCAAGUAUCACCAGGACAAAUCUUCUCAGGAACAGGCAACAAUCCAUUUUAUGGAGUGAAUCUCGUUCCGUUCGGACCUGAAGCUGGUGAUUUGAUGGUCAAUCCAUCUAUGCUUACAUCUGGAAUGACGAUUGAUUUGUACAUGUUUUUCCCAUAUUAUGGAGGACUUUACAAUUACACAACUAUAUCCGUAAAUGGAUACCUUGGUUUUGCAACAGUCCUCGAUCAGGGACCAACAAUUAAUGUGGGUCCUGAAACAACGGAUUGGCCACGUCAAGAAGAUCCAGCAAUGAUUGCACCAUACCUAUGUAAACAACAAGUUCCACAACAAGGAAACCCGGCUCGAAGAGCAGGAGUCUACUAUCGUUUAUUGUUGCGUCAGUCUUUGUUUGGUAGAGAGUCAAACUCGAAUCUUAACCUUGGAGGGACUCUUCAACAGAACGCAUUCUUUGGUCAACAAGCCAGUCAAGCUUGUCCUGGAACUGCAGACAGUUAUGUUCGAUGUGACUCAAACAGUGAUUACUUCCUCGAUCAAAUGAUGAUUUGGGUUCAAGAAGGAGUUGCUGGAGGAGCCAUGUUCCGUGCAGACGCUGCUGUCGUUGUCACAUGGUACAAUACAGCUUCUGCUAUUUCUGGAAGAUCUGAUAUCGAUGCAGGACAGACUGGAACAUAUCAAGUUAUUUGGCUCACUGACUCCACGGCUCGCCUUUCAUAUGUUAUUAUUAACUAUGAUCGUCUAGGAUUUGAUGCUCAAGACUUCCGCGGAAACUCAAGAUCCGGAAGAUGUCGUGCUGUAUUCAAUGGAGGAAAUCACACAGGAACUGUCGAAGUUGAUCCAACUCAACCAUACAAGAACACACCGAAAGUUUUGGCACAAAGAUCGGGAGUUCCACAUAUGGUCAGAGGAAGAUAUAUGUUCAGAGUUGAUGAUGUUGUUAGACCUGCUGGAUGCUCAAAUAAAACGGGAGGAACAUACCCAAUCAUGAUCUAUCCAAAUAUUGUGAACAUGUUGGGAGAUAUGACCGUUGAUGUUAAUGCUUGCUGCUUGGAUCGCACACAGACCUACAUUAUGAUGAUUGAAGAAAGAGAGGUUGCCACGUGCCAAGUCAUUAAUCCAGCAAUUGCUCGAUGCAGUCUGCCACGAAUUUAUGAUUGGGGAACUAAGACUGUUUACUUCCAACCGGAAUCUCGAGGAGCUAACGAUGAAAAGGCAUUUGUGGGAUAUAUCUAUUUUGUGCCUCCUACACUAGAUCCAAUGAGGUUGGAUAUUGGUAAUAUCUAUGAGUGGUAUAAGAAUCCAAUGACAAAUUAUCUAAUGCCAAUCACCUGGUAUCCUCGAAACUUCACAAAUCCAGACAUUUUAACUAAUGGUAACAAUAUGGGUGUUCGAAUCUCAGAUGAUUCCAUGUACGGUGUUCAACUGGGUCUGUACAUUGUCGGAUACAGAGAGUUUAAGGAUGAUGAGAUCAAGAAGUUCCGACCGGAAUACCGUACUCUUGCUCGUAUCACCACAUAUAGUAAUCAGAAUAACGCGAACUAUCGUUGGAUGCCACAAGAGGAAGUUAUCAAUACAAAUCAGGUUCAACAAUGGUACUUGACUGACUGGGAACGAAUGCAUACUCUAUACACUUAUCGUGUUGGUUUCUUCAAACUGGCACCAAUUAAUCCGAAUGAUGCAAACGGAACUCAACUUCUGCCAGGUCUCGUAUCUGCUCCGAUUUCUCUUCAUUGGCUUUGGACACCGGAAAACCAACAGUUUGCAACAUUAACUCUCAAUCAACAAGAUCGUGAUCAGAGAAUUGAAUUCGUAAAAGAAAAAUCCAGAGAAAUGUGUCACGAUUGGUAUGAUGAAGAUGGAGCUCUUUGGAAUUUCAUUAGAGAUACAGAAACCAACACUUCAUGCCCAUGUAUUGAAACUCAAGCUUUGUUGGAUUUGGGAAGAUUUAUGCCUCAUCCAAGAUGCUCGCAGAUGUUCCGUGAUAUCACUUGCACAACCGUUAUCGGUUCCAAAAACUGUUAUAUGUCAUCUUCAAAUAUUUAUUCAAGUUAUGCUGGAAAUGGAAAUACUUUCAAUAAUAUGGAUACAAACCGAUUUAUGACUCAUUAUGGUCAAGUCUGUUGUUACGACGAAUCAGGAUAUCUUAUGCAAACCCCUUAUCAACCAGUUAUCAAAACUCAAAGGGAAUAUUUCUACAAUCCUGGUUAUCCUUUACGAGCUUAUGAAUUUGGUACAGCGCCUUAUAUGGGGCAGUUUGAGGUUCCUGGUUUAUCGGUAUUCCACAAUGACUACAUGCCCUACUUCUUGUGUUGUAAGUUCGCCGAUUUCCGAUGUCAAAUGUUCUACUGGAGGAGACCUUCGUCAGCUUGUCAACAGUAUCAACCUCCGGCUAUAGGACACGCACAAGGUGCUGGAGUAUUCCAAACUAUAGACAAUGACAAAUUCAUUUUCAAUCAACCAGGAGUAUUCAAUUUCUUGUAUAUUCCUCAAUCGGUUCGUACACCUGAAGUUAGAAUUCAAACUCGACUGGAAAGAUAUCCAAACCGAAAAGUUGACUUUGGACUUUUGGGAAGAUACAUUUCUCAGUAUGAACUUGUUCAACCAACAAAUGCAACAGUCAUCACUGGAAUUGCUUUGGAAGCAACUGGAACUGAACGUGUCAUUGUAAUGACUCGUAAGGAUACUCGACGAUUUCGUUACCGUACCAACAUCAUUGUCGGAAAUAUUCUCCGUUACUUUGACACAAUUCGUUUACAACGUUUCCGUGGUGUUCUCAUUUACGUUAACAAUGUCGAGCGUGGUCAGCCAGAGAUUUAUGUUGUACUUGAAGAAGCUCAAAUUGGAGUGAAAGUCACUGAAAGUUAUGCACUGGAUAUCGACCGUCUGCCAAAUUAUCAAGAAAGUAUGGGAAUGCUGGACAUUCAGAUUUCCGUGUCUCCACAAUAUGGAGUCAGACCAGAUGGAGAUAAAACUCAAGAGACUCAAUAUAGACAGAUGUACAACUUGCCACGUGUCAGUGGUUUGAUUAGACCAUAUCCAGAUCAGACAAGUGGAUCUUUGAAUGAAGGACUUACAUUGAAUGAUGUCAAUUCUGAUUCUUAUAGACAACAGAUUAUUAACAAUUAUCUCGUUUUGGGAACUGGAGAACCAGGAACUCAACAGAAUCAAGCUGGAACAUUGAAUCAAAAUAUGCCACAAGAUAACAUGUUCACUACAUCAAGAGAUGAAGAUAAGCAGUUUGAUGUGUUCCCAGAAGCUAGCAUGAGAUCAGAGCCCGUUUAUAAAACUGCUCCAAUUUUCGAUACCGGUUCCUAUCGUUUUGUUCCACAAACCGGAGCUAUGAUUCUUCAACUUUUGAAUACAUGCAGAGAUUUGCAAAAUAAUCCGAACACUGAUCUUCAACCAUAUCAAAGUAUUGCAACUCUCAGUUAUGGACUUCAAUGCCCAGACGAUCCAGGACAAGUUCUCACCGAAUGUGGAGAUAGUGUGGCAUGUCUUUAUGAUUAUGCACUUCUUAAUUCAAAGGUUUUGGGACAAGAAGAGCAAGAUGCAUGGAAUAUGUUCACUACUGACAGAGCACUUGCUAUUCGACAGUACAACAGCUGCGGAGCCAUUAACAUUGAAUAUCCAGAGUAUAUGAUGAAGACACCAGCCUUAUCAUCUGGUUAUUUACAAGGAGAUGUUGCAAGAUUUGAGUGUUAUCAAUCUCAUUGGGUUAAAGGAGAUCAUGAAUAUAAAUGCGGAAUCGUUGUCGAUUACAACCGUCCAAAUGAGUAUCGCUUUGAAUGGAACAAAGGAAAUCAACCGUGGUGUAGAUCGAGAAUCAAGGAAAAUUACUUCAAAUGGUUGGCUGUUAUUGCCGGAAUCGUUGGAAUCAUCAUUGUUAUACUCUUGAUCUUCCUUGUCUUCUGGUGUAUCAAACGAAAGAAGCUCCAGGAAAGCAGAAACUACAGUGGAACAGCAGCAUACAGUAACAACGCAUUCCAAAAUCAGACAUACGAGACAAAACCGUCACGUGCAUUAUCUGUGGGAGAUUUGUCAACAGCUCCGAGAACUGUGGCCAUGCCACCGCCACGUGGCACAACUGCAACACCAAUGACGCUAGAACCACGUGGAUUCUCGCCUGUUCCAUCAGAUGUUCGAGGUUCACAAGGAAUGCUUGGAUUGAAUACAAGUGUUUAGAUUUAGUUGCUAAUUUUUAAAAAAUUAUUAGGGUGGAGGAUAGCUAAAUUUUGAUUUUCUUGCAAUCCGCUGUAUUAUUACAGUAGUUAGUGAAAACUAAAUAAUAAAAUCUGAAAAUACUUAGCCUUCACCCUGAUAACUUUGUGAUUUGAAAGCGAACUUCUUUAGAGGCCACAGUCAGCUUUCAAAAUUCCAAUAUUAUACAUAUUUAUUUCUUCUCAUCCCGUUUGCUCAUUUUCUCCCCUGAUUUCUGUUCAUAAUCGGCUAGUCCGCAAUUCGACUAGGGAAUGAACAUGCAUGUAAUAUUAUGAGAAUAGAUACAAUUGAUAUGCAUGUCCAUUUCCACGUCUCGUUCUAAAAUUUACUUAAUUUUGUUGCUUUAUCAAUUAAAUUUCAAAUUCCAAAAAAGUUUGGCAUGGCCUAGUGCUCUUCCAGGUGACGCUUAAAAUUAGGCCAUGACCCGUUUGCAGUCCUGAAUAGGUGCUCUUCAGAAGGACAUAUUGUCUUUCGUUUUAGUAAGUGUUAUACACAUAUUGAUACUCUUUCUACCUCAUCAUUUUACAUUGUGAUACUAAUUUCAUUGUUUUUAUUUUGAUUUUUUCAUGUUUUUUAAUUCAACACCAUGUGUCUUUUCUUUAAUCUACUGAAAUUUGAAA